AUGCUAAUUGAAUUACUGACGGAUUGGCGUACACCGAGCAGGGUAGAUCCUGCUGCCUCUACUGAUCCACCCCAUGUUGCCGCUACUGAUCCACCUGCUGCCUCUACUGAUCCACCCCAUGCUGCCGCGACUGAUCCACCCCCUGCUGACUUUACUGAUCCACCCCUGCUGACUUUAUCACCUCCUGCUGCCUCUGCUGAUCCACCUCCUGCUGCCUCUAUCCAUCCCCUCUGCUGCCUCCACCUGCUGCCUCUACUGAUCCACCUGCUGACUUUACUGAUCCACCUGCUGCCUCUGCUCCACCUCCUGCUGUCCACCUACUGCCUCUUCCACCUCCUGCCUACUGAUCCACCCCUGCUGCCUUAUCCACCUGCCUCUACUGAUCCACCCCCGUGCUGCCUCUUCCACCUCCUGCUGCUUCUACUGAUCCACCCUGCUGCUCCUGAUCCACCUCCUGCUGCCUCUACUGAUCCACCUCCUGCUGCCUCUGCUGAUCCACCCCUGCUGCCUCUACUGAUCCACCCCCUGCUGCCUUUGCUUAUCCACCCUCCUGCUGCCUCAACUGAUCCACCCCCUGCUGACUUUCUGAUCCACCUCCUGCUGCCUCUCUGA